AGGAAAGGCUCAGUGAUGUUGUAGUUUUGUGUAAUGGAAAGUUGGAUUGCAAUGGUGCUAAUAAUGACCAGCUGGUUUUAGUUUAUAUCGGCAUGAAAAUUGACAUUUUGGCUCAAAACACACAUUUUAUUAGGCACCACUUUUCACUGUGUCUUGCUAAAUGCUGAUGUCUACUGAAACCACAAAGUAAUUUGUGGAAAAAUGAAACAUUUCUUAUAGAAGCUAAAUCUUGAGACUUUUUAGGAUCUUCACAGUCAGAAUUUAUCUCAGAAGCUUUUUAGAACACAGCCAUUCAGUAGAUUCUCAUCCACAAUCUUGAAGGCAGGACAUCAUGGCAUCUUCUGCCUGACAAGAACACAUUUGUCCAUUUAAAGGCCAUUUAUUGUAGUCUUCGACAUCAGUUUAGGUUUAAUAUAAUCCAACUUGAAAGAAAAGUUCUGUCACUUCAGUGGCAAUAGCGCAGUCACUUUAAAAAAAAUGAUACAAUCACACGGUGGCGCUGUAGAGUGUGAAACAUGGGUCCGUGGUGUUUUUGUAAAACAUCAAUGGGUAGAGUAAAUUUCCAUGUCCGGGCGUCUGUGCCAAUAGGCUCGCUCAGAAGGCAGGGCCAGCGAUUGGAGUUGGGAGAGGAACCCAGUCUGUGCGGCAGUAAGUGCACAGUCAACUAAAGCAUAAAGAUUACAAACAAUUUAUUGAAAUCGUUCUUUACUGCUCUGUCUUGUUUUUUUUGUUUUAUUUUAUCAUAAACGGAUUGACAAGUAUUUGCAUCAAGAAGACCACUUGCCCGCAUCGGUAUCAUCGCUUCAUCCAAUGUUCAUGAAGACAUUCUGAAAUUACAUGUUCUUCCAUAUUUCGUUGGGAUUGGAUUACACAAAAGGCGGCACGGACUCACACAAUUAUUCACUCUUCUCAUUGCAACAGGGAGCCCCAGACCCCGGAGAUGAAUAAGCUGCGUCAGAGCCUGCGCAGGAAGAAGCCCACCUACGUGCCGGAGGCCAGUAGACCCCACCAGUGGCAGGCAGACGAGGAGGCCGUACGCAAGGGCAAAUGCAACUUCCCUGUCAGGUACCUGGGUCUGGUGGAGGUGGAGGAAUCCAGAGGGAUGCAUGUGUGUGAGGAGGCUGUCAAAAAGCUCAAAAUUAGUGGCAAGAAGACAGUGAAAGCAGUGCUGUGGGUUUCAGCAGACGGUCUCAGAGUGGUGGAUGACAAAACCAAGGACCUCAUCGUAGACCAGACCAUUGAGAAGGUGUCCUUCUGUGCGCCUGACCGCAAUUAUGACAAGGCUUUCUCCUACAUCUGCCGUGAUGGCACCACACGCCGCUGGAUCUGCCACUGCUUCAUGGCCCUGAAGGACUCGGGCGAGCGUAUGAGCCACGCCGUGGGCUGUGCCUUCGCCGCCUGUCUGGAGAGGAAGCAGCGGCGCGAGAAAGAGUGCGGCGUCACAGCCUCGUUCGACGCCAGCCGCACCUCCUUCGUGCGCGAGGGCUCGUUCCGCAUGACGUCGUCCAGCCAGCAGGGGGGCGAGCGCGAUGACAUCACGAAGCAGCUGCAGGACAAGAAGAAAGAGCCCCCGUGUACCAUCCCAGCCAUCCCCCCUGGCACCUCCUCACCCCCUGAGGGCUCGGCCUCGCCUGUGGGGCAAGGGGUGGAGCAUGCCAUCCCGCGGCGCCACGCGCCCAUUGAGCAACUGGUGCGUCAGGGCUCCUUCCGGGGCUUCCCGGCCCUCAGCGGGAAGAACUCGCCGUUCAAGAGGCAGCUCUCGCUGCGCCUCAACGACCUGCCUUCCAACCUGCAGCGCAAGACCGCCGACUUCCAAAGCAAGAACCCAGUCCCAGAGAUGGAUCUGUCCGUGUGUGGCGAGGCAGACAGCAGCAUCAACGCUCUGUGCAGCCAGAUCAACCAUUCUUUCACCAGGCCCUCUGAGGAACUCUUCUCCAACCCCACACCCAACGGCCUGCCAGCCUGCACUGUGCCCCCAGCCAUCCCCCCUCCCCCUGCCCCCCUGCAAGCCACGUCCUCCUGGGUGCAGGCGGAGCCCCCGGUCCAGUCCCCUCCACCGGUGGUCCACAGUGGGCACAGGAGGACGCCCUCCGAGGCUGAGCGCUGGCUGGAGGAGGUGGCCCAGGCCGUCAAAGCCCAGCAACAGACCCCCAACCUGCCCCCGCCACCCAUCCAGCCCACCCCUGCCAUUCCAGGGCCACCCAUGUCAAGCACACCUAUGUCAUGUGUGCCCCUAAUGGGGGCAUCCAUGCCAGCGGUACCUGGCUCCCUGCCCACUUCCAUGCAGCCCUUUCCCUUGUCGUUUGAUGCCACUCCCGCGCCCGUGGGCAUGUAUACCCAGCCACCCAUGCAGCCAGCGUUUGUACCCAUGCAGGCCUACAUGCCCGCCCUGGCCAACAGCAUGGCGUACUCAAACGCCAGUGUGCCUGUGGUGGGCAUCACGCCUUCCCAGAUGGUGGCUAAUGUUUUCUGCACAGCAGGCGGCUCUACCGGCGGGCCUUCCAUGGGUAUGGGCUCAGGGCCUAAAAUGGGCACGCUCAGUGGCGGGCAUCGCCACUCUUUCUCCGGCCAGCCGGGCGGGUUCCCUAUGCCACCCUUUGGAGCUCAUCCCACCGUCAACGGCCUCCCCCACAACAUUCCCACCUCCUCCCUCGCCACCAUCACGCAGAACGGCACUAGCAGCAACGGUGGCAGUAGCAGCAGCUGGCCACCGGAGAGCACACAGCUGGCCAACCCGCCACCAGCCAAUGCCCAGGAGGUUGAUCGCUUCGAGGCAAAGUGGGCUGCGCUGGAGACCAAAUCGCAACCCAAGGCGGCACCCAACCCUUUCUCCAAUGACUUGCAAAAGACCUUUGAGAUCGAGCUUAAACUCGGUAUUAACCCAGGUCAGGCCACUGCAUAGACUAUGAUGAUGCAGACCCCCAACCAGACUGAACCACUCCACUCAGCACCCCAGCCCCCUGCCCUAAAUGCUUUCGCUACCCCCCUCUUAAUUUUCUCCUCCUCUGUUGAGACCCCAGGAUGUAAAUUGGGUCUGAAUGCAGGGGGGACAUGAUGACUGUGUAUGGGGCUCCUCGCGAUACAUUCCAUGGGAUUUCUAGCAAUCAUGUUCUGCGUGGGGAUCUAUGGAGGAGCCAGAGAAUAUGGACACAUCACAGGACACUGAAAUGAGAAACAGAGAAUUUACGCUGAUGUUAACCAAGCACAGCAAAGGCCCUGGUUGACUAGCCAAUGACACGACUCGACGGUAGAGACCCCAAGGGAGGCGUCGACCAAUAAGAGUGACAGUUUGACUGCCAAAAUUGUUUUAUUUAUUAUUUUUACUUAGAUUUUAACCGUUAUAGUUUUACAUCAUUUUAUUUUUCUUCAUCAGUGUUCAAAGGUUGUUUCUCCCUGUAUUUAUUUUGUGUUUAACUGGAAAGAGGAGGGAAAUAACUAGCAACUGUAACUGGCAGCGGAGGGAGCAAAGAGAGGGAGUGAGUCAUGAAACCAGAGGCUGGAAACGAAUGUAAAUAGCAUGCUUUUUUCACCCUCUAUUUCUUACCAAUCCACGUAUAACCGCCAAUUUGCUAUUCAACCCAAAUGAGUCACUGUUAGCUAAAUCACCAUGGUGACCUAACACACCUCUGUCCCAGUGCCACUCCACCUGCACGACAGACACACUAGAACCCUAGAACAUUCUGGAAAGGGUUCAAAUGGUCCAGAUAGUACGGUGGUUGGUUGACUCUCGUUAUAUUCUGAAACAGAGUAGUAGUCACCCCCAGUACGAGUUUAGUCAGUCAACACUACGAGGGUCUAUUUGGGAAUGUUGAGCCUGAUGUUCAAGAGAGGCGGGAGGGAAGAGCUUGAGCACUUCGUAAGAUAAAGAUGGCGAGGUCGGGAUAGCUUUAUUUGAGAGGAAGUUAUGAUGUUGUUUUGUCGCUGGGACUGGGAUUGAAAUAGCACCCUAUUCCUACAUAGGGCCUUGGUCAAAAGUAGUGCCUCCCACUGGGCACAGCCGUCAAUUCAACGAUGGUUCAACUUCAUUUAAUUGAAAUGACGUGGAUACAACGUUGAUUCAACCAGUGUGUGCCCAGUGGGCUGGGUCAAGCUGACAGUAGGGGAAGAGGGAAAGAAAACGGGAAGGUGAAAGGUAGACGGAGAGAUCGAGGGCAUACUUACGAGAAUGAGAUGAGGAAGUGGACUAUUGAAGGGCUGUGAUGAACUGAGAAAAGAGGAAAGAAGAAAAAUGUUACGUUAAACAGACUGGUUGUUUCAUUCCUUUAAUCUCCUUUCACUACUCCCAAACAAAGGUACUUCUGUUAGAAUGAUACUCACCAUGCAUUUAGAGCUCCAUAGAAACAAGACUUUACUGUUUGAUCAUAUUCUCAAAAGAGGCAAGCAUUUCCUUCCGUGACUUUAGUUUAAACACACAAAGACAGUAAAUGUGCAGUAUAUUUUAGCCCAUUUGGCAGGACUUCCAAUGGCAAGUCAAGACGGGGCAAACGCAUGUGCUUCGAUGGGAUGCUUUGUGCUAUUUGCCAUUAUAAUGCUUUAUGUACGAUCCUGCCCCAAACAACAGGAGUGUAUGGGGAGUGAGACAGAGUGGAACCCAGGGAACCAGUGUUAUUGAAUGGACAUAACUAGACAAACAGGCUCCACCCAUCCCGCUCUCCUGGUCAUUAACUCCUUAGGACUCAGCCAAUCAGGCUUUGCCAUUUUCACGUGGCACAAUACUGACUGACAUCCAUUUGCUUUCCCAAAGAUAUAAAGCAGUAGUGAGGAGCCAUGCUUUUGCUCGUUUAGACAAAUAGAUUUUCUAAAUUAAUUCUCUCCCCGUCUUUUAAGAGAAAAGACAUAGUCAUUCAUGAAAUUGCUGUUUUUAUUUAGUUAAAUUACCCUUGUUUGCACGCCCUUUAAAUUAAACUGUAGGUUAAUUAUGUUCAAAAUAAGAACUAAAUUACCU